UACCUUUUGUUCUAUAUUUAGCUUCACGCUCUGCACUUACUGUAUCAGCCGUUUCCAUUACAUUAUAUUAAUAUGAUUAGGGAGCCAGUGUAUGAACGGACAAUCAAUUUGACUGAAAUGUUUCCAUGAUUCUAUACAUUUUCAAUGCACAGCUUUUGACACAGUUUUCUUUAGGCAUUCCAGAAUAUGGUCACAAACUGUACUUGUUUAUCCGUAGAGUAAGUAAUACUCUGUACAGAUUGAAACAUGAGCAGGGCCAACACAGAUUUAACUGUUUGGGUCCACUUUUCAUCAUGACAUACAUGUGACAUACUCUCCGAGACACCCAAACGGCAAAGCAGAGUCUGUAGUGAAGAUUGUGAAGGGCCUAUAUAUAAAGUCCUCUUAGGGUUGUCUAAUCAGAUGUGGCCAGCCCCAUUUGAGUGAGAGACAAGUCUAUGAAACUGUGGAUGCUUGUUUUCAAAUGUAUGCUGGUUGAGACACAAAACACACAUCAAAAAGCCUGUCAGAGCUGCUACCUUAGCUAAUACAACACAGAGAACAUAUAGAAACUUAAACUCACAAAUGGCCGUGAAUGUGUUUCUCAUGACUGUCAAAACUCCAGCAGACUCUCUGUGUUUCCAGUGUGGACAUGAGCCUACGCUCAAAAAAAUAUUUCAGCCUCUUAUGCAUUUCAAUUACACAGAAAAUUUACAAAAAUCUUUUUGACUGUAACAGCAGUCUGACCACUGUGACCGCACGGUCCUGUGCAGUCCUCUGCUACUUAUUUUAAAUUUAGGUAACAAAAUUUGGUAAUGGAGUUAUACUUCAAAGAAAUGUUUAAAUGAUCCUUUUUAUUUAACAAAACACAUAAAGUUCACUACAAUGACUUUUUUGAACAUAACUACCAUAUUUGAGUUAACAAGUAAAACUUGGCCAUUGUCCAUUCAAACCCUGCCACCACCGCUGCGGCAAGGACUGAGCCUCAAAACCUCUUGAAGAGACAAAUUGUAUUUGCGUAUCUUCACUACUAAAAUUAUCAUGGUCAACCACUCACUUCAUGCAAAUACAGAUGUACAGAUGAAAUAUGACUUCACUAAGUUUUGAACUACUAAAGUGGUUAAUCUUAGUACUUUGUCAAGCUGAAAAAACAGUAACCGCUUCCUGAUUCUUGUCAACAGGACAACAUAAAGACGAGUAUAAACCAGCCUACUGUCAGUGUAAGAGCCACAGUUUAGCAACAAAGACUUGUCAAAGCGAAAAAAUGCAUUCCAUCUACAUGAUCUUCACUGCUCUGGCAACAACCACUCUGGCAAAAGGGUCUAUUGAAUGUAACUUCUCUGAACCUGCCGGAGCUCGAUGUUUUGGAAUAGCAGGGCAGCCGCUACUUUUUCAUCUGACAAACACAGCAAAUCCAGAUAUUAGGUUGACAAAGGAUGACAAAUUCCCGAUUUUAAAAGUCAAAAAUCACAAUGUGACUCAGAAUAAGGAAUAUGUAAAUCACUUUGCAUUCUUUACCAAUGGAACCUUCAAACUGGGAAACGCAAUGAAGAAACACUCUGGAGAUUACCUGUUGACAGAACACGGAUCUGAUGGUGUUUUACUGAGAAAUGUGACUGUGCAUCUAGAAAUACAAGUUCCAGUGUCAAAGCCAGCUGUGUCACAGAUGUGUUUGUCACCAGAACAAAUGAACAUCAGCUGCUCUGCUGAGGGAGACAGAGUAGAGUUCAUUUUAACCUUGGACAGUUUCUUACUGAUGCAGACCAGAGGCAACAGUCAGUCCCCUAGCAGCUCAACAAUGAAUACGCAGUCACCGGCUGGGAGUAAAACUGGACCUGACAAAGCUUCUGUUUCAACCAUUACCAUCAGCUUAAAUGGUCAGCUGACAGGAAACUUAAUGUGUCAAGUUUGGAACAAUGUCGGCAAAGAAGAAACAGUUAUUCAACUGAAAAGAUGCCAAGAUGUUCCCUUCUCUGUUGUGACUGUGGCAGCUAGUGUUGUCACUCUCCUUCUCCUUGGGGGGCUCUGCCUUGGUAUAAUAAAACUGUACAAGACACAAACACGCCCAACUAUUAAUGAGGAUAAUACUGAAGAUGAAAUUAUCUACACAACUGUUAGAGUGAUAAGAAACUCACACCAGAAUGCAACAUAAUUUUCUCCAAAAUUGUGCAAAUUAUCUCUUUAACCCUUAGGUUGUUAAAGUAACCACGUUUUUCUGUGAUUUUAAUUUCUGUUAUAUACAUUUAAUUAAGUGUCACUGUAGACAAUUUUUAACUUUUUUUUGUUUUUCAAAACACAUGAUUUCUUGUUU